GGAACCAAACAGAACGAAACGGGGCUGGACCUACCUGAAUUUGUCCAAUAGAAACUGUAGUUUUCCGUCUGUUUGGAAUAAUGAUUACAGGAUUUACAUAUAGAUAUAGAUUGCACCCCUGGACUACUAGUGUAACCCGGAAGUUUAGAAUGAGGUCAGAGAGACGAAGGAAACAGAAUUCUACAGCUAAAAUGGCGGAGGAACAGCAGCAGGAAACAACACAGGGAGAGAUGGAGGCGGGAGGAGUAAACUGCCUCGCUUAUGAUGAGGCUAUUAUGGCUCAGCAGGAUCGAAUCCAGCAGGAGAUCGCAACUAGCAUCCCUUUAGUGUCAGACAGACAGGAACUGUCAGUGUUGCAGAGAGAGUAUGCCGUGGAAGACACCAUUUAUCAGCUCAAGAUCAAGGAUUUACACAAAAAAUACUCGUAUAUCCGCAAGACGCGGCCAGAUGGGAACUGUUUCUACAGAGCUUUUGGCUUUUCACAUCUCGAAUCACUGCUAGAAGACAGCAAAGAGCUGCAGAGGUUCAAAGCAGUGGCAGCAAAGAGCAAACUGGACCUGGUCAACCAGGGUUUUACAGAGUUCACCAUCGAAGACUUCCACAAUACUUUCAUGGACCUGUUGGAGCUGUGUGAGAAGCAGCCGGGCCUCCGUGAGCUGCUGGGCUCCUUCAGAGACCAGAGCGUGUCGGACUACAUCGUGGUGUACUUGCGGCUGCUCACCUCAGGCUACUUGCAGAGGGAGCACGGCUUCUUCCAGCACUUCAUCGAGGGUGGACGCUCCGUCAAGGAGUUCUGCCAGCAGGAGGUGGAGCCCAUGUCUAAAGAAAGUGACCAUAUCCACAUCAUUGCCUUGGCCCAGGCCCUGAACGUGUCCAUCCUAGUGGAGUACAUGGACCGGGGUGAGGGAGGCUCCGUCAACCACCACGUCUUCCCUGAAGGCAGCGAGCCUCGUGUCUUCCUCCUCUAUAGACCCGGCCACUAUGACAUCUUGUACAAAUAACAAUCUGCUGUUUAGAGAGAUUCUCCCCCCCCCCCCUUUCCACUGCUGUAGUGGCAGUGGAGAAAUACUUCAACUGCCACGUUGAUGCAUACGUGUGUACGAAGGUUACACUAUUGUAUCUGAGGGGAAAAAAACAAUCACAUUAUACAGCCCUCUUCGCCCUCCCCUUCACUCCAGAGUUUCCCCUCAUCACAGAAAAGUGAAUGAAUAAAAAAAGAUUUUCAAAAAAAUAGCAGUGACUGCAGGAGUGUAGAGUUGUACAGUUUUUUUUUCUUCUUUUUGGUUGUAAAUGUUAUCAACUUGCUUUUUUUGUUUGAUUAUUUUGCUUUGGUCCACUGCGUUUCAUGAGUUUUAUUAAAGGGAUUACAUCUUA